UGAAGUUGAGACCUUCGAUGAAGACACAGCGACAUGAAGGUUACUCUUCUCAUGGUGCAGCAGCAAUUUGUCAAAGAAAGGUUGAUGACAUUUCGGAGUUCUUUUCCUUUGCAAUGUUGGUUCACGUUGCACAUGUGUGCAUGGCUCUAAGCGUGCUUAAGCAGUGUAUGAAACUGCAUGUGAUAUGCUGAUAUGCACAAGAAAUGUAUUUUGUAGUGUUAUGUUUGUGUUAGUAGUAGUAGGUGAUAGAUUUGUUCUUGAUAUCUGUCUAAAUUACUCGUAAUGCUUGGUUAGUGUAUGAUACAAAACUUUUACCUGUUUUAUCAGCAUGUAUAUGUAUCCAAUUUUGAAUGAAUGAAACAUAUGGGAGAAGUUCAAAACUUGAACCAGUCUUCAGAACAUCUUCUUUACUUCUGUUUUCUGUUUUAAACCCUUAGAUGCCAGUCUUGGCUUGAUUCUAUGUUUAAAAGGUAUUUUAACACUAUUAUCCUUCAGAAACAUAAAUCCAUCAAAACUCCCAAAGUUAAUUAUUGACCUGACCAUGUUUCUACAAAUCCUCCUCUUUGUAGCCCUUUAUUCAAUCACCACCCAUUUGCUCCACAAGUUUCAAAACCAUCCACCAAUCCCUUUUCCCAGUUUACCCAUCAUUGGCCACCUCCACCUUCUCAAGAAGCCUCUCCAUCGUUCCUUAGCGAAAAUCUCCAACAAACAUGGCCCAAUCCUUCUUCUCCAUUUUGGCUCUCGCCCUGUUCUCGUCAUCUCAUCUCCAUCCGCAGCCGAGGAAUGCUUGACCAAAAACGACAUCGUCUUCGCCAACCGGCCUCCACUUCUAUUCGGAAAGUAUCUGGGCAACAACUACACCAGCCUUUCCUGGGCUCCUUACGGUGACAACUGGCGGAACCUAAGGCGUAUAUCGUCUCUUCAACUUCUCUCAACUAACUGUCUCCAGUUGCUCUCUUCCACGCGCCUUGAUGAGGUCCGCUCGCUUCUUCGCAAGCUUUUCGAGAGUCGAGAUCGGACGGUGGAGAUGAAAUCCGCACUCUUCGAGAUGAUGCUCAACGUCAUGAUGCGGAUGAUAGCGGGGAAAGGAUAUUACGGUGAUAAUGUGGCAGAGAUAGAUGAAGCGAGUAGGUUUCGUGAAAUGAUGAGGGAAACGUUUCUUUUGGGUGGCGCAUCAAAUAUGGGAGAUUUUUUGCCUGUGUUGAAGUGGGUUGGAAAGAGCGAGAAAAGGAUGAUAAACUUACAGCAGAAAAGGGAAACAUUUAGUCAGGAGUUGGUACAAGAGUGGAGAAGUAGAAUGAGUGAUGGGAAAAGUUCUUUAGUUACAGAAAAGAAAAGGACCAUGAUUGAAGUGCUGUUGUCUUUGCAAGAAGAAGAUCCUGAAAACUACAAGGAUGAGACUAUUAGAAGUCUCAUGAUGGUUUUGCUUCUCGCAGGAACUGAUACUUCAGCGGGUACAUUGGAGUGGGCGAUGUCUUUUCUUCUGAACCAUCCGGAAGUACUGGAGAAUGCACAAACUGAGAUGGAUGCGGUUGUUGGACAAGGUCGGCUGAUGGACGAAUCAGAUUUGCCUAAUCUUCCUUAUCUUCAUUGCAUUAUAAGGGAGACGAUGCGAAUCAAACCAGUCGGUCCGUUGUUAAUACCACACGAGUCAUCAAAAGAUUGCGUGGUCGGAGGGUAUCAUAUACCGCGUGGCACCAUGUUAAUGGUGAACUUGUGGGCUAUACAUAAUGAUCCUAACAAUUGGGAGGAGCCUACAAAAUUUAAGCCAGAGAGAUUUGAAGGUUUGGAAGGGACUAAAGAUGGGUUCAAGUUCAUGCCAUUUAGGUCAGGGCGGAGGAGCUGUCCUGGAGAAGGGUUGGCCAUGCGAAUGGUUGGCUUGACACUGGGGUCACUAAUUCAGUGCUUUCAUUGGGAGAGAAUUGGUAAGGAGAUGGUGGAUAUGACGGAAGGGCCUGGCCUCACCAUGCCCAAGGCUCAACCUUUGCAGGCUAAGUGUCGGCCUCGCCAACCCAUGGUUAAUUUGCUUUCUCAAAUUUAAACCAAAUCCUCUAUAAAGUUUGUGUAAUUUCCUCCCUAUAUAUUGGGGUUUAUGGGAUUGAACCUUUCAUGAAAGCUGUCGACACAUUUCCACUACUGAUAACGGGUAAGAGCUGCUUGUGCCUAGCUCGUAGUCGUAGAAUUUUUAUGAUAUUUACUGUACAAUAUUGCUGAUAUAUAUAGACAAUGGAUGUGUAAGUUUUUAAUCUUUGCCUUGCUCUUGCUAUGCUCUAGUUAAUGAUGAUGCUGGGCAACUAGACUGAGACCUGGAUAUAUUCAGACUAGUUGCCAGUUGUUUGAG